GAGGAGAUCGGUGAUAACAUCUACUGAAAAGUUUGAAUCAAAGAAAGUCUCGACAGAGAAGACCCAGCAGACACUAGACAAAAUCACAAACAACAGGGCUGAGGCGUCAGCGUUAGCGACGAGUUUGAGAUCCUUAGUCGAGCCUGUUGCUCUGACAUACCAAUGGAAAGCAGUCUCUAUCUACUAGUGACGCUGAAUUGCUAAUGAUAUGAAGUGAUUCACUCUCUUGAAGUCUUCUCCCUUCUAUCGUCAAAGAGGUCAAAGGCAUCCAUCACAUUGUCGGCUAACUCAGAUCCAGAUGUGAAAUAUCCGCACUCGGUGUUUUCCAGCCCAUUGCCGCAUUCUUGCAAAGAACGCGUAGAUGUCGUGUUGACCCUCGUUGUGUCUUACGUCCGAACUUCCGAGGCAUGUCGGGUCCUCAUACUUACUUCUUGUUGCCACCGGUUCAUCCACAUACUCUACUACUCUAUUAUUCUAUAUUGAAAUUUAAUUUGCUAUCUGAGACGUUCGCGACGUCAAGGUCAAAGCCAGCAAAAAUGGAUUCUGAUAUAAAAACCAUCAAACGUUUUCGUACCUUCAAAAGACCUCGAAUCAUCCCUGCAUUUGCUCCCUACCGUUUUCAACUUCCUCGUUUCUUCCCUCUGAGGAACGAAUCUCGCUCAGACUCGGUCUCGGUCACCUCCGCAAUCUCCAUCGAGCUCGUUUCUCAAACAGAUACCGCUUCGACCGCCACUCCCAAGCAUUUUCGUGAAGAAACCUUGGAGUCAUAUUCUCCAUCUACACUUGACUUUUUACCGCUAAAACCAGUAUUCCCAAUCGGCUGCAAGAUAGUCGACGAGCCCAUCUGCUUCCUUUACACAGAACUUAAUAUGUCUUCCAACGAUUCUCAGACUGCCUCUCCUACCACGUCCAACUCCGACCAGACUCCAGUGGACGUCCAACCGGGUGGACUCUCGCCUUCCCCGUGGCACAAAGCAGAUCCUUCUCGUCUCCAGAGACUUCCUUCCACCUCCAAUGUGCAGAGCGAUCCAAAGGUAGACAAUAGAGAAUGCAUGAUCGCUGAGGAUGCCUCCAGGUGGCCCGAUCAGGACCCAGCAACAUCGAAGAACCAGUUUGUGUUCUGAAUUCAACUGCAUAUUUAGAGAAUACCCCGUUCGGGCUGCUGACUACAUUCCUUGAAUCG